GCUCCGGCUCUGCGCGGCGCGGCGCCCGCCGGCCCCGAGCGCGGAUUCUAAGAGCGGCGCUGUCCUUGGCCCCGCCUGGACCGAUCGGGGGUGCCAGGAGGGGACGGAGCGCCCCCCUCCCACCGCAGUGCAGGGGCCACCCCUGGCCGGAGAUCGGCCUCGGAGCGUGGGGGGUAUGUGCAGCUAACGGUCCCGUCGGGCGGUCUUUCCUCUGGCCAACAGCGCAGGAGGUGCGCCCCAGCUAUGGAGUGUCCCGGGAGACGGCGGGCAUGACGGCGACAGGAUGGGCGCGAACAAUGGCAAACAGUACGGCAGUGAGGGCAAAGGCAGCUCAAGCAUCUCAUCCGACGUGAGUUCAAGUACAGAUCAUACGCCGACCAAAGCCCAGAAGAAUGUGGCUACCAGUGAAGACUCCGACCUGAGCAUGCGCACACUGAGCACGCCCAGCCCAGCCCUGAUAUGUCCACCGAGUCUGCCAGGAUUUCAGAAUGGAAGGGGCUCGUCCACCUCCUCGUCGUCCAUCACCGGGGAGACGGUGGCCAUGGUCCACUCCCCGCCCCCGACCCGCCUCACGCACCCGCUCAUCCGGCUCGCCUCCAGGCCCCCGAAGGAGCAGGCCAGCGUGGACCGGCUCCCGGACCAGAGCAUGGUGCAGAUCUUCUCCUUCCUGCCCACCAACCAGCUGUGCCGCUGCGCGCGCGUGUGCCGCCGCUGGUACAACCUGGCCUGGGACCCGCGCCUCUGGAGGACUAUUCGCCUGACGGGCGAGACCAUCAACGUGGACCGCGCCCUCAAGGUGCUGACCCGCAGACUCUGCCAGGACACCCCCAACGUCUGUCUCAUGCUGGAGACCGUCACUGUCAGCGGCUGCAGGCGGCUCACAGACCGGGGGCUUUACACCAUCGCCCAGUGCUGCCCCGAGCUGAGGCGCCUCGAAGUCUCAGGCUGUUACAAUAUCUCCAACGAGGCCGUGUUUGACGUGGUGUCCCUCUGCCCCAACCUGGAGCACCUGGACGUGUCGGGGUGCUCCAAAGUGACCUGCAUCAGCUUGACCCGGGAGGCCUCCAUUAAACUGUCCCCCUUGCAUGGCAAACAGAUUUCCAUCCGCUACCUGGACAUGACGGACUGCUUCGUGCUGGAGGACGAAGGGCUACACACCAUCGCGGCGCACUGCACGCAGCUGACCCACCUGUACCUGCGCCGCUGCGUGCGCCUCACCGACGAGGGCCUCCGCUACCUGGUCAUCUACUGCACGUCCAUCAAGGAGCUGAGCGUCAGCGACUGCCGCUUCGUCAGCGACUUCGGCCUGCGGGAGAUCGCCAAGCUGGAGUCCCGCCUGCGGUACCUCAGCAUCGCGCACUGCGGCCGGGUCACCGACGUGGGCAUCCGCUACGUGGCCAAGUACUGCGGCAAGCUGCGCUACCUCAACGCGAGGGGCUGCGAGGGCAUCACGGACCACGGCGUGGAGUACCUCGCCAAGAACUGCACGAAACUCAAGUCUCUGGACAUAGGCAAAUGCCCUUUGGUGUCCGACACGGGCCUGGAGUGCCUGGCCCUGAACUGCUUCAAUCUCAAGCGGCUCAGCCUCAAGUCCUGCGAGAGCAUCACCGGCCAGGGCCUGCAGAUCGUGGCCGCCAACUGCUUCGACCUCCAGAUGCUCAACGUCCAGGACUGCGAGGUGUCCGUGGAGGCCCUGCGGUUUGUGAAACGCCACUGCAAGCGCUGCGUCAUCGAGCACACCAACCCGGCCUUCUUCUGACGGGACAGCUUUCGUCCCGGCGUUGUUUUCGCACCAACGUGAACGAAACAAAACGUUUUUUUAAAAAAAAUGCAGCAUAUGUACGCAUCGACAGCCACUCAUAACAGCUCUUUCUCCCAGGAAGGUUCUUAGAAUCUGGCUUUUAUUUUUCCUAAUUUGUCAUGGGCAACAGAGGUCAAAGAAACGAGGGGUGGGGGGAGGAUGGGAGACAAAUUUCUGUUACAGCAAACAGGUUCGUUUUUUGGUCUGGUCAUUUGUAGGCAGUUUCUCUUUUCACAAAAGAGGUAUUUCAGCAGGCUGAUUGCAGCGGCUUUAGAAAGGCGGCUCGCUCCCCCGCCCACCUCAGCCCCUCCCCCCGACAGCAGCAGCAACAGCAAGGGGGCAUCAGAACAAAAUGCCCUCCAGGUCUCCUCUUUAAACUACUUGAUUGGCCUGAAUUACCUUCCUCAAUCCCACAUCCGAGCAAAUUCUGGUUAACUAAAUCUCAUAGCCCUUUGCACAUACAAAGUGCUUCCCAAACCUUUCUAUAAAUCCUUUGUGGCCAGCAGCACGGUGGAGGAAGAGACCUCAUUCUUCCCCAGCUUUGCCACUGACUAGCUGUGUGACCCUGGCCAAAGCACUUCACCUCUCUGGGCUGCAGCUUCGGGCACUGAAUCAGAGACCAUCCAGCUCAAAAAUUAGCUUCAUUCUCAUUUUAGGAACAGAGAUACUAAUAAACAAAAUCACCUUGGCAUCGAGCACACAGGCAUCUACCUCUUCCAAGAGAAUUGAUUCUGUGCUGUCAGGCGAUUCUAAGGAGUUAACAUCAGUGCACAAAGCGUCUUGUGUGUCCUUUGGCUCCCAUCUAUCACCCACAUCCCUGUUUGUUUUGGUGGGUGAGUCCUGUGCACAUCCUCUCUGCCCCUGCUGGAUGCUAUGGUUUCUUUGUACAAGUACUUUCUGCAUCCCCCGCUCCACUGUUAGUGAGGCACCAGAUGCAUAAUCACAGCAGAGCCCAGAUCCCCCAGUCCAGUUGCUUUGCUCAGUGUUUUCAAGUAGGAGGAAAGACGCUAACAAUUUUUAAUUAACAAGCAAGGCCCAAGGGAACACAUGUCCUCAAAGGUUUUUUUAAUCCCUCGCCUUGCACACCUGGCAUGCAUCAGGCACAUCUGUCCUGUAGCUGGCAAGGACAGACACCUUGGUCCUUUGUCAUUCAGAUCCCAUUUGGACUCUUCUCAUCUAUUUAUUUCUUUAUGCAUCCAGACUUCAUCACAUGAAGCCUAUCGGGUUAAGUUUGUAAGUGUUUAAUUGUGCAAAUUGCCAUCUUGUGUGCAUCCUCCUUGGCUGUCUGCAUGUUUUCCAUCAAAGAAUGCAAAGCAGACUUCCAGGUGUUUUAAUUCUGUUCACUCAAAAAUGCCAGGCAAAUGGAAGAGGAAAUGCACUGAUAUAACUUAGCUGCUGGUCCACCAACCAGACCCUUGGAACAGAACAUUAAAAUCGUCACAAAAUAUGUAUUUUAAAUGGAUGGAAUUUUAAAUGGUCCUGUCUGAAUAGAAAUCUAUAUGUUAGCCUGGGUGGUGUGAAAUCAGGUAGCCAGAAGAAAGUCCAUUGCUCCUUUUCAUGAAGUUAAGUUGGCUUUUAUUAACAGAUGCCCUUUCCCAAAUUAUUCUCUGGCCAGGCCCCUCCUUCAUCACUGUUGAAACAGCUCAUCCGUUUCCUUCUCAAAGGGUCCACCGUCCAAACCCAGAACCUCUGCAUCUCCAAGCCAAGCACGCUGAAUUUGUUUCAGAACCAGCUUGCAUACCCUCGACAACUGCACUCCCACUGUAGGCUCCCGUGCAUACUGUGAUCUUCUGCUGGGAAGGAAAAGUUAGUGUGACAAGGUGGCAUCUGCUCAGGAGGUGUCUUUCAUUUUUCCUGUUACAGUAAACGUGGCCUGUCCAAUCAACAUCAUCUCCAACGUAGAUGUGCAAUCAAGUUUAUGCGCCAUGGGGGAAAUCAGUUGUUUAGCUGGGGGGCAGUGUCAGUGGGGGUCAUAGAGCUUCAAACCAUGAAAGAAAUUUAAGGUAGCAUCCCUCUGCUCUGUGACUUGUGGCCUUAUUUGAAGUUUCAGACUUUGAGAGUCACAAAGGACUGUCCCUAAUUCUUGGCCCUGGGGUCUUCCAAGUGAGUUGGUUUAAUACUCCUGGAAUGAGCAGAGAUCCAAAAUGGCUCCCUGAACCAUUGUGAACAUCUUUCUCGACACCUCUUGACCAUGUCACCUGCACUGUCUUCCAAGCAUGAGACAAAGCUGACUUCACAAUGAUUGCCCAGCAUGUACUGUCUCACCCAUUUUCUCCUUUUUUCCCCAGUUUCCUCAUCAUCCAUUCUCUUCUCCCUCGGGGUAGGAAUCUAUGAUGGAGGUUACUGGGGAAACAGCUCAGCAGGUUUUUAGAGACCAAGCAAAAGGCCUCACUAGGAAAUUUAUCUAUUUUAAAACAUUGCUUCCUUCCUGGCUCUGCUAAAUUGAAUGCUCAUUGUUUUUUUAAUUCUAAUGUUCAAAUCACUGCGUGCUGUAUGAUUCUAGAAAGCCUUAAUUUACUACCACCAAGAAAUAAAGCAAUAUGUUGGUAA